CUGCUACUGCUGCUGAAGAAGUGACGCAAGCCACGGUUUACGCUCAGUCCUCGAGCUCCUGAGCUCAGCAGCUCUCUCUCUCUGUCUCUCUCUCUGUCUCUCUGUCUCUCUCUCCCUCCCUCCAGUGCAGAUCCCGCCCGACUCUCAGCCGGAACUAGACCGCCGGGCUCUCCUCCAGUCAGUGGACCGAACGGAACCGGUUCCUCCGAGUAAGUACCAGCGUGAAUCAGUGUCACGUCUCCUCCAGGUGAGAGUGCGAUGAGGAGAAGUUUCAGAGAGUGAGGCCAUGGGCUGCACCUCGGCCAAGCAGGUGUCGGCCGUGCCCAACGAUGAGGAGGGACGCGGCAAGGCCUACAGCAAUGGAGACCUCUUCACAGAUGAAUACAAGAUGAAAGGAGUGGAGGAGGUGAAGUACAUGAGGGGAGAAGAAAACCGAGUGAAUGCACGCAACCAGGAGAACCUGGAGAAGAGUAAUGUACAGCACAGGGGGAAACAGAAAGAAGUCGCUUCGGCGAACAUCAAAUCUAAUAUUCACACGUCGGAGAGCCAGCAGGAGUUUUUCAGGAUGCUGGAUGAGAAGAUUGAGAAGGGGCGAGACUACUGUUCAGAGGAGGAGGAGGAGGAAGAUGGGACAUAGCACAGAGGCCCCCAGCAUUCACCCCCGCAGUGUAUGUGUGUGUGCUUCGUGUGUGUGUGAGAGCAGAAUCAGUGUUUUACCUGUAGGAUUGUUUAUAUGAUAGGACACUAUGUGUUGGGAUGAGCAAAUGUGUGUUUAAUGAAGACGUGGCAAAGAUAGUAUUUUAAUCACAAGUGAAAGAGUGUGUGGGGGGCGGGGUUAAUGGAUGAAAGACGGAAAGACAGACCGAGAGAGUGAACGGGAUCUUCAGAGACGGCCGACAGCCCUCCUCUCUUAACUCCUCGUCCUUUCAGGCCUCUGAGGUGACAACACGGACGAGAUGGAAGAGAAAGUGCUGUGGAUAAGGAGGACCGGCCUCUGUCGGGUCAAACUGAUUUCUUUUCUCAGCGUCCCUCCGUGUUUGUCCGUCUUGCCUUCCACGGUCUGAUCCUGAAUAUUUAACCCUUGCAUUUUGGACAAAGGAACUGCGCAGAUAUGGAGGCCGUGUGAGGACAAACACUGACGUUGUUUCUGUGGCUGUGUGGGACACUGAGUGGACGCACUAGUGGAGAAGGAAGGGAGAAGAUGCUGUAAGCAGAGGAGUUUCCUAACGCCGCCCGGAUCCACACAAAACCUUUUUUUCUUUUUCCCACAAGGGACUGAGAGAAUGAGUGAGUGAGGAUGAGGAAAGAAAGAGGGGAAAUUGUGGGAUAUUUUAAUAAAAAGAGAGUAAGGAGCAAGAUUUUAGCAAGUCUAAACUCCCCCUGCCUUCUGAAGUCAAGGACCCUUUUGUUAUUUCUUUUUCUUUUUUUAAAUUCACUAUUUCUUCCCUUUUCUGAUGUUUCUUCCUCUUCACUUUGUUUUUCGACUCAUGGCGUCCUACACACUGUAUCCUCCUCACCACCAUCAUCAUCAUCAGUGUGCUCACCUUCCUCACCACCACAGCAGGCAGACAUACUGAGGCUGUGUCUCAAACCGAUCCGCCCUCAUUUACAUACAGUAACGCAGCACAUGCUGUCGUGUUUUAUUGUACAGAUUAUUACACACACACACACACACACUAUUGUAUUCUUUAAGUUCACCAGAAGACAUGUCAUGUGCGUCGAUAAGAAAAGAAACUUUAAACCUUUGUAUUUUUGGUUUGUCUCAGUGUUCUCUCUCACACACACACACACACACACAUGCUUAGCCACUGAUGCAGCAAAAGUAAGUGAGGAUAUGUGGUUGCCGUGGAGACACAGACCUGAUCACGUUUUUGUUUUUUUUUUAAUUGUCAUCUAUACUGGAUACGUUCUGUUGUAUUAUUUUGAAUACCUUUUUUCUAUUAAAAAUACAAACACAGAA